AUGUGAAUGUAUUAGAAGUGAAACAUAUAGACCGUAGACUAGAAGCUUCGCUGGGCAAAUCCUCUAUCAACGUGUCCUUGAACUCGACUUUGUCUUUGGGAAUUUCAAAAACAUAGAAUACUUGGUCCCCACACACAAGAGAUUGCACAAUGGCCCCAACGGUCAUUCUAAUCCGACACGCUCAAGCACUUCACAAUGUUGCUCAGGACUACCAUCUCCAUGACCCACCGCUUUCCGAUCUCGGCUUCGGCCCACAAUGCGAUGAGCUUGCCAAGUAUCUACAGACAGAAGUCCCAAUAGCUCAAAAGGUCGAUCUGAUUGUCAUCAGCCCGAUGAGACGCACUCUCCAGACUGCUCAGCAAGGGUUGGGGUGGCUUAUGGAACGAGGUGUUCCAGUCAUCCUCCGUGCUGAGUGGCAAGAAAAUUCCGAUAAACCCUGUGACACUGGCACAGACAUAUCAGUGAUGGAAAAGGAGUGGCAUCAAUUCGACUGGCUAUCGGUUGAUCCGGAGUAUCCCACCAAGACAGGACUCUACGCCUUCUCGAAAGAGGGGCUGACUCAACGAGGCAUUGCUGCCAGGAAAUGGUUGAGAGACAGACCGGAGAAGGUCAUCGCAGUUGUUUCCCAUUCUGGAUUUCUGAGGGUCGGAGUCAGCUACAGACAAUACGCUAAUGCUGACUGCAGGAUCUUCGACUUUAGUAAAGGAGACGAGGAGAUUGGCGGGAAGCUGAUUGAAUGGGAAUUGACAGAAAAAAAGGGCGGAGGUCUCGGGAAGAGUCCGAAGGGCGUUUUCCUCAUGAGCAAGGGUGACUAUCCCGAAGAGACUGAGAAGGACAUUGGAGAAGCUGUGAGCGAGAACCCAACCUAGUUGAUCCUGGCGGCUUUGCUCAGCUGCAAGAUCUCAUGGAGGAAAGCUCUCUAGAACGAUCAUCGAAGCAUUUUCUCUAACGUUCCGUGGAACAUGGGUCAAUUGUUUACUCGAACGCCUGACAGCCACUAGAAGCAAAUGCGUUAAUUUGAUGAAAUCAUUUGGUG